CCGCGAAUAACGGGGGUCGGCGGUUCGGAAUUGCAACGUUUUCUACUGCGCAAAUCACAAUUCUUCGUCUGAGUAGAAUUAUGAACGCUCACGGGUUCGUCACUCACUUUCUGACAUCAGACAAAAAAACUUGACCUAUUGGUGCCGCCAAGCGUCUGACUAAAUCCUAAUCCGGUUAUAUAAAACGUCGAUCCAUUCGGUACUACACCACACGACAAAGUUGUCCCUGGUGGCAGCACCAUGAUCAUCAUCGUGGACCUGCUACUGAUGCUCAUCGACCUGACCUACGCCAUCCUGGCCGCCGUGGUGCAGACGUUCCUGCGGCCGAGGCUGAAAAGCAUCGACGGGGAGCUAUGCCUGAUCACCGGGGCCGGGGGUGCCCUGGGUCGCCUAUUCGCCCUGGAGUUCGCCAAGGAGGGCGCCCGCCUGGUUCUGUGGGAUUGCAACGCGGCCGCCAACGAGCGCACCGCCCAGCUGGCCCGGGAGCUGGGUGUCAAGGUGCACGCCUAUACGGUGGACCUGUCCCGGCGGGAGAGCAUCUACGAGACGGCGGGGCGGGUGAAGACGGAGGUCGGGGACGUGUCCAUGCUGGUCAAUAACGCGGGCGUGGUGGCCGGCAGGAGGCUACUCGAAUGCCCCGAUGAGCUUUUGGAACGCACCCUGCUCGUCAACUGCCACGCUUUGUUCUGGAUGACCAAGGCCUUCUUGCCUCAGAUGAAAGCAAAGAACCACGGUCACAUCGUAACCGUUGCCAGUGCCCUUGGCCUCUUCAGCACCGCAUGUGUGGAGGAUUACUGUGCCAGUAAAUUUGGGGCGGUCGGUUUCCACGAGUCACUGACCCACGAGUUGCUGGCAGAGGAACUGGAUGGAAUUAAAACCACGCUAGUUUGUCCUUACAUCGUGGACACGGGGAUGUUCGCAGGCUGCGAAAUAAGGAAGGAGCUUCGCAGUCUAAUCCCACCUCUGGAGCCUCUGUACACCGUUCAACAGUCCAUGACAGCAAUUUUGGCAGAACAGCAAAUGAUCUGCAUCCCUCGCCUUAUGUACAUCCCAUUUUUGACACGAGCUUUAUUACCAUGGGACGCAAACCUUGCCACGUAUCGCUUCAUGGGAGGAGACAAAUGUAUGCUGCCCUUCAUCAAGAACGUUGAACAAAGGAUAUGCAACGGCCAUAUCAAAUCAUCAUGAGACUACGUUUGUUGUGUCUACACUAUUUAAUUGUUUUGGUUUUUUUUUUCCUUUUUUUUUGCUGUCAUGGAAUGUAUGAUUACAACAAAUUUUAAGUGA